CAUGGAUGCAACAGGAAAAGAGCACCAAAAAAUGAGCUAAUUUUCUCUCAUUUCCCAUUUUGAAGGACAUGACACAGUAUGAGAUGUGUGGCGUAGAUGAAAAUGCAACUUCCUGUUAAGACAGGGCCUUAACGAAAAGCUGAAGGCGAGAGUGUCUCUGACACGGCUCUGCUGUCUCCAGACCCAACAAAAAACAGCUAAAGGAUUUCUUUUUUUGAAGGUGGAAACUCACCGACAACAGGAGCGACCCAUCAGACGCAUAAGAACACGACAUAUGGUGUCUUAAGAAGAGGCGUUUGAACUUUUGGAAAUGGCGAGAUUUUUUGCGAUAGGACCCUUGGUUUUGGUCCUAUGCUUGGUCCUAUGUUUCGGUACCUCACCCAUGCAAACUUCUUCUAAUAUCACCACAUCUAAACCUCCAGACUCAGCCAUUUCUAACAAUUCAUCAAUCCCACAUGCAGAUAACUCCACCAAAGUGUCCUCAGGUGAAUCAUAUGCUGGUACAGGUACCACAGAAAACCAAGAGAAAUGUCGGUACAACAUAAUAUGGAAUGAGAAUGAAGCAAUAAUCAAUGUGUCUUCAAUCAACGAUAAAACAAGUGACCAUAAAAACCAAAAGUACAGAAUAGAGUUAAAGCAAAACAAUGAGACAAUCAGCAAUGGACGUUCUCCCCUCACAAUACCACUGAAAAAAGUAGAACCAUGCACUAACUACACUAUCCACGUUGACAACUGUUCUUUGCAAGAAAAAAACUCUUUUCAUUUUAAUGCAACUGAAAGUAAAAUCCAUACUGCAAAACUUCAUGGGGAUGACCAAGUGUGUGUUGAAGAUGGCACAUGGAAUUUGACAAAAUGUGUCAAUAUAGAAACCAAAGACUCCUGCCUUCAGAGCCCAAUUGUCUUUAUCCAAAGUGAAUGCACCUACACAAUAAAAAUCCACAUGCCUCCUUUAAAACCUGAAAUACAGUACAACGAAACAAUUCCAACUAAGUUUGUGUGGGAAAAUAAACCCAAAGAGUGUAAUGAAAGCAACUUUAACGUCCAUUGUGAUAAGGAAAUUUCAGGCUUUAAAGUGAAUCAGGAUGUGUAUUUAAUACCUUCCAAAAAGUACAACUGCAUCGGAAAAUAUGAAUUUAAUGAUACCAUCUCUGAAAGCAACAACACAGAAAUUACUAUCAGUUGCGAUUGGAAAAAUGAGACUUACAUUCAGAAUUUAACUAGCAGCUCAUUUGAGAUUGUAUGGACUCUGUCUCCAGAGGAAAAAUGCCAAGGAAUUAAAUGGGAAGGUUUUUCAGGAAUUUGUAAUAAUGUUGUGCAACGUAAAUGCCAAUUGGUAAAUGACACAACUGCAAACUGUGCAUUCACGGAUUUAAAACCAUUCACUGACUACAGUUGCAGUCUUACAGCAAAGGUCAAAGAACUCGGACACUUUGAUACAUAUAAAAGUUUUAUUGAGGAAAAAACUAAGUCUUUCCAUCCCAUUUUUAAUCAAACUAAUCUCAAUACAACAGAUAUCAAUCAAUUUUAUUUAACUCGCAAUUCUAUUGUUGUGAAAUGUAAGAAGAAAUUGGAAACACCUGACUGGAAUGGACAAGUGGGAUAUUAUAUAGCCAUACUCCUCAAUAAUGGAAAAACAGAACAAAACAUAACGAAUAGAACGUCCUGUACAUUUUUGUUUGAAAAUCUAUCCUACCACACAAACUAUAUCAUUAAGAUUACAGCCAGGAACAAAGAGGGAAAUGAGACCACUAUUUCAGCUUCCAUAUCCACUAGCUAUAAUGAAAAGGCUGUAAUCGGAUUCUUGGCGUUUCUCAUCAUAGUCACUUCAGUUGCUCUCCUUUUUGUGUUGUACAAAAUUUUCCUGCUCAAAAGAAAACGGACUCCUGAGGAAGAUGAGAUUUGUCUUACACAGCCCCUGCGCAGGGUUGAGCCCAUCUAUCCAGAUGGUUUAAUUGAUGCUUAUAGGACCAAGAUCGCUGAUGAGAGCCGACUGUUUAUGGAUGAGUUUCAGAGCAUUCCCCGAAUUUUCAACAAUUACACCAUCAAGGAGGCGAAGAGACCAGAAAACCAGUCCAAGAACCGCUAUGUUGACAUCCUGCCUUAUGAUUAUAAUCGUGUUACUCUGUCAUCUGGAAGCUAUGGUGACUACAUCAAUGCCAGCUUUAUUGAGGGUUAUCAAGAGCCAAAGAAAUACAUUGCAGCCCAAGGACCCAAGGAUGAAACUAUUGUUGAUUUCUGGCAAAUGAUGUGGGAGCAGAAGUCAUCCAUUAUUGUCAUGGUCACCCGCUGUGAGGAAGGAAAUAAGGUCAAAUGCGCCCAGUACUGGCCUUGUCUGGACAGAGAGACUGAGAUUUUUGAUGAUUUUGUGGUUAAAAUUAAAACUGAGGAACACUGCCCUGAUUAUAUCAUUCGCCAUCUGGUCCUGGCCAAUAAGCGAGAGAAGGCCUCAGAAAGAGAAAUCACUCAUAUCCAGUUCAUCAGCUGGCCGGACCAUGGCGUGCCUACAGACCCCGGUCAGCUUCUGAAGCUCAGGAGAAGAGUCAACUCCUUCAAAAACUUCUUCAGUGGCCCUAUAGUGGUCCACUGCAGUGCUGGUGUUGGGCGUACAGGAACCUAUAUUGGCAUUGAUGCAAUGAUUGAGAGUCUGGAAGCAGAGAACAGAGUUGAUAUCUAUGGAUUUGUCGCAAAACUACGUCGCCAGCGUUGCCUCAUGGUGCAAGUGGAGGCCCAGUACAUACUGAUCCACACAGCUCUAAUAGAGCACAAUCAGUUUGGAGAGACAGAGAUCCUCCUGUCUGAGUUCCACUCAGUGCUCAACACCAUCAGAGAGAAACAAGGCAAUGAGAGCAUAAUGGAAAUAGAGUUCCAGAAAUUGCCGAAAUUUAAAAACUGGAGAACUAUCAACACAGGAAGCAGCGAAGAAAACAAGGACAAAAACCGGGACUCCAAAGUCAUCCCAUAUGAUUAUAAUCGAGUGCUGUUUCGGCUGGACAUUGCGGGAAACCAGACCAGCGACCCUGAGGAUGACACAUAUUCAUCAGAUGAAGAAGAAGAAGAAUCUAAUGAAUACAUCAAUGCUUCAUUCUUAGAUGGCUACUGGUGUCAGAAGAGUCUGAUCGCAGCACAAGGGCCUUUACCAAACACAACAGCAGAGUUUCUGCUCAUGCUGUACCAGCAGCAAACUAAAACAGUUGUUAUGCUCACAGACUGUCAAGAGGACGGCAAGGAUUUGUGCAGUCAGUAUUGGGGAGAUGAAAAGAAAGUGUUCGGAGAUAUGGAAAUCGAGGUGAAAAAGACAGAAAGCUUCCCAACAUAUGUAAAACGUCACCUGGAAAUACAAUCCACAAAGAAGAACGAAAUCUUGGAGUUAGACCAGUACCAGUUCCUGAAAUGGAAAAGCAGUGAACUUCCAGAAAAUGCUCAGGAGUUGAUAGAAAUGAUAAAGAACAUCAGAGAGAACGGCAAAUAUGAUAACAGCAAAAAAAACAGGAGCAUCCCUAUAGUAGUGCACUGCAGCAAUGGGUCAUCGCGUACUGGACUUUUCUGUGCUUUGUGGAAUCUUAUGGAUUGCUCAUUAACAGAAAAGUUGGUUGACGUCUUCCAAGUGGUCAAAAACUUGCGCAAGGAGAGACAGGGAAUGGUGGAAACAUUUGAGCAGUAUCAAUUCCUCUACACGGCUCUGGAGGGCGCCUUCCCGGUGCAAAAUGGCACUGUAAAGACACCGGCUGCAACCGACAGCGCGGAGAUCAUAAACGAAACACCUGUGCAGAUUAACGAAACCACCGCGCUCCUCGCAGAGCCCGCCGCUGAGGCCGCCACCGAGCCCGCCAACAGCACUCCUGUUCCCGUACAGAAGGAGACGGAAGACGGUAAAACAGAGAGCAGUGAGCCAGAGGCCAAGGAGAACAGCAGUGCCGCGGCUUCACCAGCAGAGGGAGACAGUGAGAAAAACACACCGGAGGCCACAACCAACGGGCCCGCCGCCACUGUUGAAGCUUAGCCAUUUUUAUUCAGCUAACAGUUACAUUUUACUGAUUCGACACCAAGUGUCUCUGCCAAAAUUGUAAAAAUUAAUAUUUCGGAUAUUUUUUGUUAUAUUUUAGUUUUUACAGUACAUUUGUUGUCAUUUGAUCGGCAUGUUACUGAUCCUUUUAAACUUUUCCUCUCAGGUUUGAUUUUUUUCUGUGUAAUUAUGAUAUUUGUGACAAAUCUGUUUAUAUUGAUUGUUUAUUCACACGUGUAAAGGUGUUGCUUUAUGAUCUGAGUUUAUUAGGCUAUCAAAUUGCAUUUGAAUGUAUUGUAAAAUAGGACCUUACCAUUUUUUUUUAGAAAACUAUCAAAGCACAAUCUUGCGUCUAAAUUAUGUUGUAUUGGAAGUUUGAUGUGAAUAUAUUUUUUUUAUGUUCAAGAAUAACAAAAUAUGGCAAGGAUGACUUGUACUACAGCUGUCAUCAAACUAUCUUUCUUUUUACUGUGUGUUUCUGAAUCUUUCAUAGGCUACCUAUUUUCAUUUUAAGCAGAUGUAAGUUAACAAAAUAAUAAAGGCUUGAACAAUA